AUGGUGUCCCAACCAGGCUACAACCUGUGGGUGCUUGCAAAGUUAAGCGAUGACUGCCUUGCAGACUGUGUCUUUGGAACAAGGAUUGCUGCUUUUGGAGGAAUCGUAUGUCGCGUGUUGUUGCCAUUGGAGAGGUGCCGGGCGUUAUUUUGUCAAGUUUGGAGGCCAACAACACCCAGGCAACAGGAAUGGUCACGUGUUGGCUGCGUCUUGCUGCGGGGGUGCCGGGUGCCGACGCUUCUGAACCUGAGGCAAACCUGGACAAACUUGAGCUCAACCCGCUCAGAAGGCGGUCCUCCGGUUCUGCAAGUCAAUGUUUGGGUUCCGCCAGAGGAUCAAAGGCCAGGAUGGGACGUGGUAAAAACCUGCAAAAGGGAAGCCUUGGCAAAAUCUUGA